AUGUACCUGCUGAAAAAACGGCUUGAACUGAACCAUGCAGGGCGGAUAAGCAGUGUAGUCUUGCUGAGGAACCCCCCCCGGGGAGUAGUCAAAAUAAGAGUGAAGAAUUUUGCAUAUGCAAAAAGCAUAUACGAAUGCAGCACUCUGGAAGGAGAUGUGCAGCAUACGGAUACUUCUCAGGGGGUAAAUAUCAAGAGAACAAUAACACCAAAGUUCCUACCCCACGGAACAGAUUCCACUAGUACAUAUAAUGAGAAUCUACGUAGUGUAUUCUUUUCCAACAGCAUGGAUGACGUGAAAGUCUAUUUUGAUAACAAUUUUAACGAAAUGAAAAAUCAUGAAUAUGUGUAUUUGCUAUUUAAAAUGUAUGAAAUUAUUUUUUCUAAUUUUUACAAAACGUAUCAAUCUUGCGACAUUUUGAGGCUGGACAAUCCGCAGUUCAGAUUUGUGACCUUUGACCAGUACGUAGAUGACUGGGUAGGGAGAUAUGGCGGUGGAAGUCGCCAAAGCGGCAUAGGAACAGCAGGGGAGAAUGAAAUCAUAUUUUACGAAAAUGAUGAGCAGAAUGGCAUUUGUGAUAGGAUAUUGGACAGCGAGGGAAGUAGUCCAUCCAGCCCUGUAAGCCAUAAAAGAGGGAAGGACCAUCUCACCUUGGACGAUUCUGAACGAUUGAAGGAGACGAAAGGAGAAGUGCAUAAUAUAGAAGGGCAGAACUAUGUAAUAAAUACUUCCCUGCCAGACGGUGUAGAUGACCACACAGCAAGCAGUUAUUAUUCUCCACAGGUUAAUCUGAACACGCUGAUUCAGAUACACCUUAACUACGUGCAGUAUAUAGAAAAAUUCAACAUCAAGGAGAGCACAUGGAAGGAUUACGUAUCGUCCUUCAUGACAAAACAGUAUGAAGAGUUGUACCGAAAUGUGCUAAACGUAAUUUAUAAAAAAAUCUUUUUCUUUUCAUGCAAAGAUGUUAUUAACUACCUGUAUGUAACGAAACGGAUCAACCUCCUGUCCAUAAGGGAAGUGAGCAUCUUAGCAGAAAACGUCAUUUUGCAAAAUAUGAAGCAUUUGGAUGAAGAAUCCCUAGUGAAAGUAGGCUACAUAUAUCUAAACAACUCCAACAAGGAGAAAAACAUUCAUCAUAUAGGCAGAUACGGAAGUAAGAACUUCCUAGAGACAUACCUCAGCUUAGUUCAAAUGAAGGUAAAAUCCAUGAGUAAUGAAAAUUUUGUAAAAAUCCUCGAAUACGUAAGUAAGAACAAUUACAAGCAUGUUCAGAUUUUUAGAGACUUAAAGGGGGAAGUGUAUAAGAGGUAUAAUAAUCUGACACCGGAGCAGAUGGUGAAGCUCUUCUUUUUGUACUCGCAGAAUAUGAAUGCGGCGGACGAUGUCUUGAUGCGUAAUUUUGUGAAGGCCAUAGUUGAUAUGUUUUCACCUGAGGGGGAGGAAGCAGAAGGGGCAGCUCUGGCCGCGGGGGUGGGUUGCCAGGAGAGACGCGAGUUGGACAAGUUGGGCCAGUUGCACCAGUCGGACCAGUUGGACCAGUUGCACAAGUCCGAUAUGUUGCACCAGUUCACCGAAGGAACGGGAGAAAGGCAUCAUCCCGCGGAAGGCCUCCCCCUGUCUGUACUGCUUAACGGAAUAUGGACGAGUGCCAAGUAUUUUAAGGAUUCGCCUUUUCUGCUGAUAAAGAGCGAAAAGGUGAUUUUGGAGAAUAUAAAAAAUUUUAGCGCAAACACGGUUAGCAUGCUGAUUUGGUCUUACAGCAUGGUGGAAGGGAAGAAUCCCCAAGUGCGGUUCAGCAAUGAGUUCUAUUUCGAGUUAAAGGAGAGAGCGCUGCAAUUGCAUCGGGUCAUGACUCCCAAGCAGCUAUCCAACAGUGUACUCGGGUUAGCAAUUACCGUUGGGAGGACGGUGAGUUGGGAUGGGCGCGUCGACACCGAAAUGCAUGAGGUGGUUGAGCGGCACCUGUUGAGUAUGGGGGGAGCGAGCGAAAGGGGGGUUAUCAGCAUUGGGGGAGCGAGCAAAAGCGAGGUCAGCAGCAUUGGGGGGAAGCCAAACGUCCAUGCCGCAGGAGGGAGUUCUCGUUUCCUAAACCUGUUCUCAUCGGAAGAUUUGUCAAACUUGUGCUAUGCGUAUUCGCUUGUUCGGAGCGGCAGCAGAGAACUACACAGUCUUAUCCAGUCAGCCAUACUGAAGAAGCAGAGUGAUUUGUCCCCUCAGGAGAUUGCCAAAAUAGCGUACGCCUAUGGAAAUAUGUACUUCUACGCUUCAUACACCCUGCUGAGUUCAUUACAGUAUGAGAUUUUGCAACGGAUGCAUCAGUUUUCUCACCACGAGAUAUGUGACAUCUUAUGGUGUUAUUGCGUUAAUCGAUUUUUAGACGCCAAUUUCUGGAAAUGUCUAUUACGUGCAAUUGAUAUGGAGAAGUUGGGAGACCCUCGUUGCUGUUUGUUGUACUCUUCUCUGUCUUAUGUCAAUCUGAUUGAUUCAUCCAUCCUCGAUUCGUACAAUACGUUGCGUGUGUUUCACUUGGUUAGUGAGCACUACUGGCGAUUUCAGAAUGAAGAAUAUCUUCACAGUUUCGCGGACGACGUGGUGGAUGCAAUGUGUAAGGAGAAUGCCUUAGUGAGGGGGAGAAGUGGAAGGAAUGGACAAAAGGGAGCCGAAGAGGUACACACGGGAGGGGAAGAGUCACACACACAUAUACGAAGUAGCAACCGGGAUCGUCCCUUCCAGUGCAUUAAGAAGGCCUACGAUUAUGAAGGUUUCCUAAUUGACAUUUAUUUUGAAUAUAUGGAUAGCCCAUAUGCCGUCUUCCUUUACAGCGCAUUGAACACAAGUUCGGGUGGGUAUCCCUUGGGAGAGAGCGUUCUCAAGGCUAGAUACUUCAGGAGGAAGAACAUCAGGACGGUUCAUCUGCUUCACAGCAUAUGGAGCGACUACCGUGGGAAUCCAAUCGAUCUGCUCCACGCCCAGCUAUAA